AUGGCAACCAGCAGCGCAGCGCACGACAGCUACAACCCCAUGUCCAAUGCCGACCUUACGCAGUUGAAUACAGACUACAACUCGAUGAGUGGCUCCCGUCCUACCUCCUACAUUGCGAAUUCGUCAAUUGGGCCUUCGGACUUCCAUGUCCGCGGUAACGCCCCAGACGCGUCCUCUCCCAACCAGCAGCCCGCUCACCAGUCUCGAUUCCACGAAGUGCUCUCGGUCAGCCAGCGAGGAUCCACGAUGGACAGCAGCCCCGUCAGAGAAGUACUGCGUACGGGCUCUCCCGCCUCGGUGGCGAACACGAUCUCACUUCCCUCGCGGAGUUCGACGCUGAAGAAGAAGCCGUCGCUCAGCAAGAAGGGGAGCUUGCGGCGGGGAGGCAGCCGGAAGAGCAGCCGUGCAGGCAGUGUGCGCAGCAUGAAUCUGGGAGAGAAGGAAAAAUACGGAGUUGCGCAGGACGAAGUCAAUAGCGCAUUCUACGUUCCCAUUCCGACGACUGGGAACCCAACAGAGGUUCUUGCUUCUAGAUUUCAAGGUCAGUUGUUUAUCGUUUUCACUUGUUUCAAGGCAUGGAUGUCAUGGAGAAAGGUUCUAAAAGACCUGGUUGCAUUCUUUCGCGAUAUCCAGCGUUCAUGUGAAAUGCGCGCAAAGAGUCUCAUCUCGGCGUCAAACGCUAUAAAUAAUAUAGCCAUGCCGCCCGCAUUUUUAAUUUCCGGCGGCAUAUCCGAUGCAACGGAAAUUCUAAAGGACUAUCAUAAGCAAGCUUUACAUGAAUCCAAUAAAGCGAGAGAGAUGGAAACCGAGAUCAUCCUACAGCUCAACGGACUACGGACAGAUCUGGGUCAGAAGAUCAAGGAGAUAAAGAAUUUGUCGGGAGACUUUAAGAAUAACGUUGACAAGGAAGUUGAAAUUACUCGAAAGGCUGUCAAACAUCUACAUGAGGCACUUGGCCUGGUAGAUAGUGAUGCUGCCGCUACCUCGGGUAAAGGCGACCCGUUUCUUCUUCGCAUGAGCGUUGACAGGCAGUUGGAGAGACAGAUCGAAGAAGAAAACUAUCUACAUCGUGCUUACCUGAACCUCGAAAGGUCUGGACGGGAACUUGAAUCAAUUGUUGUUGGAGAAAUACAGAAAUCAUACAACGUCUACGCCAGCAUCUUGAAACGAGAUGCAGACAUCGCUUAUCAUGCGGUAGAGCGGCUGAAGGAAGGGCCUAUUUCCAUCCCCAAAGACCAUGAGUGGCGUUAUUUCCUUGACCAGACAGAUCAGAUGGUCGACCCGAACCUGGAUCUACGGAAUCUAGCAAACAUAACUUACCCCGGCAAGGAUCACCCAGCAGCAGCAGAAGUGCGCGCAGGCAUGCUGGAGAGGAAGAGCAAAUAUCUACGAAGCUAUACUCCUGGGUGGCCCAAAGACAUAUAUACUAACGACGUCCCUAGGAUCCCACUCAACUCCGGAGUCUUCAUCCCACAAGUUCAUGCUCAAGGGCCGUCAGACAGGAUCGAUACACCGCGGACAUGCUUUGGGUUUUCCGUGCUGAAUCUCACGAAACAAUGCUGGCCUGUGGCGCCAGCUAUCGAACCGCGUCCCAUCAGCAGCGACGGAGUCAUGGAGGAAGACGAAGCCGACAAGACUCCCUACUCGGCAGGCCAUGCGAUACAGAAUCGACAUUCCUCCGUAAGCGACAUCACCACUCCCAGCUCCCAAUGGCGACGCCAGAAAAGCGUUGGCCGAUUCCCGAGCGAUGUUCAGAUAAACCAGCACCUGAACGCGCCGCUCUCGCCUUCUAGCUCCGAGAAUCGCGAUGCCAACAACGCCGUGCCAGUCUCCAAUACAGCCCAUAACAACGAACAAAGUCAACCCUUCAACCAGGGUAUAAACGAUGUACCAAGCCGGACAUCUACCGACGGCGAAGCCAAGCAGGGAAGACCGAUAUUCGAUAGACGACCGCUCACAUAUCAAAUAUGA